AUGAGCUUUUUAUACUCUGCCAAGGAGGACGACGAAAUCUCCACUACUUCUUCUGAUUUGCUUCACGUGUUCAACAAUUGCCCUAAGCUUAAUUUUGAUCCAUCCUUCGAUGAGGAAAAGACAGCUUUGCGUGGACGUGCUUUUGGGCUUCAUUCCAAUCCACUCAAUGAGAGUUCUUCUGUACUUUCCACUCUAACGAGUGAUGAUUACAUGCUUGAUCCCUUUGUCAUGGAGCGUUCCCAUGGUCCUAUUUCUUCCGCUUCCUCUUCUUCCUCUUGUUGCUCUUCCUACGAUAUUGAUCAUCAUCUGCGUAGUUCUUCUAUCGACACUUACGAGGAUGAUGGUUUUUUCCAAGACUCAAUGUACAGUAAUCGUGCAUAUGGUUGUAUGAACUACCAUCCCUCCUUUGACUAUGACGAUGAAAUUGUGUCUCCUGCCUAUUGUGACUUUUACAGAAGAAGAAACGAUUCCUAUUUGAGUUGCCCAGAUUUUCGUUUUUUGAAUCAAAAGAAUCCCUAUUUCCGUUAUCCUCCUCCCCCUCCCCCUCCACUCCCAUCAACAUCUACAUCCACAUCCCAGGGUAUUUCGCUCUUUGAUACUACCUCGUUUGGUGAUUCUCGCUCUCUGUAUGAUGUGCCGUACUUGAGUCCCUACAAGAAUCACGACUUUGACACUGGAGAAAUGAUUCGUCACCAAUCGUUUCCCUUAGAUAAUCGGUCCAUGGUGGCUACCAAUCCGGAUGUUUCAGAACAAGAGAAGGUCAAAAAGUGUGACGUGAGUCCUCAGCAAUCUCCCUCAGAAGAAAUAAGAGAGCCCAAGCAGAAAAUGAGACUGAAGAAAGUGCCGUCUGCAUCCGUGAUUGAGACGAAAGCGACUCCGUCCUCAGCCACUUAUCAACCAAAGCAGCGUAGAGUUUGUGUAAAGAAGGUUGUUCAGCCAGUCACUUCAGAAAAGCCAGGAAAUCCCGACGAUAUCGACCCGACGAUCAAUCCCCGAGUAUUUUCUGGCAAGAAACCUAAGAAGAACAUGGACUACUCCCGGUUUAUAAUUGAUUUGGAAAAGGUGAAAUCGGGAGAAGAUACAAGACUUACUUUGAUGCUGAAGAACAUUCCGAACGGAUUUUCGCAGUCAUUCAUGCUUAAAAUACUGAACUCGUUCGUUGAGAACGAGUACGAUUUUUUCUAUAUGCCUGUGGACUUCAAAACGAAUUGUAAUCUUGGAUUCGGAUAUGUCUCCAUGAUCAAUACGCAUAGUGUUGUGAAGCUUUAUAAUGCUCUAAAUCGUAAAAAAUGGCCAGAUACUCCUAGUACGAAAGUUUGUGAAGUGGUCUACGCCCGAAUGCAGGGAAGAACGGAUAUGCAGAAACUGUGCAAAGACUGGGCGAUUAUGCAGCUUCCCGACCAAUAUCGACCUGUUUUCUUUGAAAAGACUACCACUCGUCGGAAUGGCAAAGAGAAAGUUAUCAUGAGACGUUGUAAUCUGCCGCUCUAA